AUGGCGAAAGCCUGUCUUGCCACCUUCAUACUCACGCUGCUUUCUCUCUCUGCCAUUUUGGGCACUACUGAAAAUUAUGGUGGAAGAAAAGCUUACAUUGUUCACAUCCUCAAGUCCAUGAAGCCCCAACAGUUCAAUUCGCACCGCCACUGGUAUGCUUCAAUGCUUGACCAGAUCGUGCAGUCCGAUCCCAGUGCAAAGGAGAUGUUAUAUACAUAUGGCACUCUCUUGCACGGCUUUGCUGCGCAGCUGACCAAGGCAGAGGCCCAGGCCACGGAGGUUAUGGACGGCUGCUUGGCGGUCAUCCCCUCCUCCCUCAAUAAAAUUUCCACCACCCACGCACCAGAGUUUCUUGGUCUCUCUUCCUCCUCUGGAUUGUGGUCGCGCUACUCUACAUAUGGCAAAGAUAUCAUCGUGGGCAUGAUCGAUACGGGAAUAUGGCCUGAAAGCAAAAGCUUCAAAGAUGAAGGCCUUGGACCUGCUCCCACUGGAUGGAAAGGCGCGUGCGAAAGUGGGAGGCGCUUCGAUUCCUCCAACUGCAAUGGAAAAAUCAUCGGAGCUCGAUACUUCUCCAAAGGCUACGAAGCGCAGAACCCGACUCCGAUUAACGAAACCUUGGAAUACAAAUCUCCGAGAGACAACGAUGGGCAUGGCACUCACACAGCUUCAACCGUGGCCGGCGCCGCAGUUUCCGGGAUCAGUUACUUUGGCUUUGUCAAUGGGACGGCGAGAGGGAUGGCCCCUCAAGCUAGGCUGGCCAUCUAA